UUUUCGCGCGCCGUCGGCAGGGAAGCAGGAAACUUUAGUUUUACUCGACAGUUUGUGUGUAAAACAUGGCGGGCGUCACGAUGGAGAGGUUUCGGGGCUUUUUGACUGAGCGCUUCACUACGGCCGCCGUGGAUAUAUUUGCCGAAGUGGAAAGUAUGCUUGUAGCGUGCUAUGAGGAAAACGCACGGCUGCGAGGGAUGCUGCACAUGGUGCUCAGCCCGGAGAUCAAGCUACCCCGGAUAGAUGCUGGUCGUUACACUGGAGCUACCACAAAUGCCAGAGAGCUGCCGUCUCCGGCAAACACCACACCGGACCAGGACAUGACCGAGCCGUUGCCAAAGAGACCCAAAGAGGAGCCGAUCGAGUGUGAAAUAAGUCAGGAAUCAAAGCCAGAACCAGAAGAACCACUGGACACUGAAAACUUCACACAAGUCUGUGUGAAAAGUGAGCCAGAGGAUGAGGAUGUGAGCAUGCCCUACGUCAGCGAGCCCGUCCACAACGCAGACGUGGAAUUAAACAAUGACUCUUCAGCCACCAUCUCAGGCGAUGAAGCACGGCAUUAUGUUUUUUCCUCAUCGGACUCAGAUGGAGAUGUAGAAGAAAGAACAAAUGAGAAAGAGUCAACACAAGUUCUGCAGAAAACCAUGUUAGAAAUUCCAAGGACGAUGCCCAACAACUCCUUUGCUGUUGCCCCAGAUGAGCUGCGGUCCUUUUUAGCAAAUCUCACUGAGAACUUUAAGCACUUUGACAGUAACGACAGGCCUCUGAUCACCACGAUGGGGCUCACGGCCGAUGUGGAAAUGGUGAACAGUGCUUUUGGAAAAGUCUGUAAAGGCAGCCCCCUGUCCUACCAGUGUCCCGUUCCAUCCAGCCAUAACUACACGGCUCACGACGCUCCUCCCUCCCGGCCACCGCUUCCCCUGUGCGAUCACAUCCUGGAGCCCCUGUCCAGCCUCCCGGUCCUCAGCCCCGAGGAGCUGGACCACGUGGACGAAAUGCUGAUUACCUGGACCGAGGCGCACAGCCUGGAGCGGUCGACGUGUGGAUGCACCGAGUACCGAGAGAAGCUGACCAACCUGCGCCUGACCAGCCGCUUCAGAAAGAUCUGCAGACUCAAACCCGGAGAAAGUAGCGCGCGGAAACUGAUCGCCAAAAUCAGGAAAGGAGCGGUCUCCAAGCCGGAGGAGAGAAUGAAGGCCGUCGCUCUCGUGGACUACUGCAAACGGCUGGGCGUGAACUGGUCGCCCUGCGGCCUGGUUGUGCACCCGAACGCCCCGUGGCUGGGGGCGGUGCCCGACGGGCUGGUGUACGACCCGAAGGAGGCGAAGAGCUACGGUCUGGUGCACGUCAAGAGCGCCGGCGACUGCUCUUUCAUGGCGUGUCAGGACGGACUCCUCCGUCUGAGGAAGGGACAUCGGCACUAUUGGGACGUCCAAGGAGAGAUGCUGGUGACGGGCGCGUCGUGGUGCGACCUGCUGGUGAUCUCCAGCGACAGCAUCGUGGUCCAGCGCAUCUACCGCGACGACGCCAUCAUUGAAACCAUGAAGAGAAAGCUGGAUCAGUUCUUCUUCUUCCACUAUCUGCCAAGCCUAGUUUCCUCAGGUCACAAGACGUGCACUGGUCUUGCAUAAAGUUUGUUUUUUUUUCGUCAGCUGCUGCUGUUACUUAAGCCACAUUGGCUCUGUGGAUGUAGAUUAUCUCAGAAAGGACUCUGACCUGAAGCAAGAUUACCCUCGGUGACGUGAGACACAUUCCUUUUUCUAUAACAUAAAAAUAUCAUCCUCCCAGCAGAAAAAGUUGUUUAUCUCAGCAGAUUUCUAACGUGGCCCUGACAGCUCUGAUAAAUGGAAAUAAAUGAGAAAAAAA